GAAGAAAAAAAAAAAAAACGAUUUACCUUUGGUUAUAUAUUUCAGAAGCGUUGAAUUGACGCGCGCCCAGCGUUAACACAACGCUCGCGUCAAAGUGAAGCUGCUUUCGAUUGAUUCUAAGUAUUUAAACCUCCUGUCUGAUUCGAUUCCUCCUACUACAAACUCUCUUUCUCUUAAUACUACUUUGCCAUACAAAUUAAUCGGUACUCGAAUCUUCUCCUUUUUUUUCAAUGUUCUCUUUUCUUUUUGUUAGACGAUCAGUGUCCUUGAAACAUGUCUAGUGAGUUGUGUCCGAAGAGGCCUUUGUUUGGCGGCGCAAUCUCCAGUGCCUUCCCUCAAAGAUUCCAGGAUGCGAGUAAUAUCCGACAAGUUCCAGAUCAUCAGGAAGUGUUUGUUGAUCCUUCAAGGGAUGAGAGUUUGAUUUUUGAGCUUUUGGAUUUCAAGUCUGACGUUGGCGACGUUGGCAGUGCUUCUUGGUUCCUUCAUGAUCUUGCUCGUGAGCAAGAUGCCGAAGGUUUCAAGUUGAUUGAGCAGUCACAUGUCAUUGAUGUGCCUGGAUUGUCUUAUAGAAACAUCCCUUCCGUUGCCACAACUUCUAUUGGAGAGAUGGCUAUAUCCAAAGGAAGACAGGGAAGAGAAGCACAAAACCUAUUGAGGGUUUAUGUGGCUAAUAUUCGUCUUAAGGGAGUUGAAACAGAUGUCUUAGUGACUGCUUAUGAACCUAUUCUCAUCAACCCUCUGAGUGAAAGUGCGAACGCGGUAGGAUCUGGUUUAGCUGUACCGGCUUCACAGUCUGGGAUAAUGCCAAUGUGUGAUGUCAUUAAACAGUCACUCUCUACUUUCAAAGUCAAUGACUGGAGUCUUUUUGGUUCCUCUGCUUGAAUCUUGAUAUGCUUCCUUCAUCAGCAAAACAGAGAAAAUGCAGAGCUGCCUUUUGGUGUUAUUUGGUUCCGUUUUUUUUUUUGGAGUUCAAGUUGUUUGAGUCUAUCCAAACUGGUCGGCUUGAGAGACAUAGUUUAAACAUUGUUCUUUAGCUUCUGAGUGAUGAGUUUAUUAUCACACCCCUUGAAUUCAAUAUCAAAUAGAUAAAUCCAUUUGUUUCUUGUA